CAAAUUUUGUAGAAAACUAAAUAUUGCCUAGCGAGUGGCUUAUUAUUACAUAUGAUCAAUGAUUGAAAGAGUGAGUAUAUAAAACGACGACACCUCAUAACUUCUUCCUUCCACUCCAUUUGUAUGGCUUUCGUUUCCCAUACUGCACUCUGCAUUCUAUCAUCCUCAUCUCUCUACUUUCUCACCUCCAAAUGGUGAACAUAAAAUCACACUUCCUCACCUGUGACUGAUAUUACCAUAUUCUCGUUCUCUUCACUCUAAUAUCACUUUUUCAUUUCAUUCUAACCUACACCACUUAUAUAUCAAUAUGGAGGAAGAACGUCGAGUUCUGUUCGGAAAAUACGAGAUGGGAAGGCUAUUAGGCAAAGGAACCUUCGCCAAAGUCUACUACGGCAAAGAGAUAAUCUCCAGCGAGAGCGUCGCCAUCAAAGUCAUCAACAAGGAACAAGUACUCAAAAGACAAGGCAUGAUGGAACAAAUAAAACGCGAGAUCUCGAUAAUGAAACUCGUUCGUCACCCAAACAUCGUCGAAUUAAAAGAAGUCAUGGCCACGAAGACAAAAAUCUUCUUCGUGAUGGAGUUCGUUAGAGGCGGGGAGCUAUUCGACAAAGUCUCCAAAGGCAAACUCCAAGAAGACGCGGCUCGUAGAUAUUUCCAGCAACUAAUCUCAGCCGUCGAUUUCUGCCACAGCAGAGGCGUCUCUCACCGCGACCUCAAGCCCGAGAAUCUCCUCCUCGACGAGAACGGAGAUCUGAAGAUCUCCGAUUUCGGAUUGUCCGCGUUGCCUGAGCAGAUUCUUCAGGACGGACUGCUCCACACGCAGUGCGGGACCCCGGCUUACGUGGCGCCCGAGGUGCUUCGGAAGAAGGGAUACGACGGCGCGAAGGCGGAUAUAUGGUCGUGCGGCGUCGUUUUGUACGUGCUCCUCGCUGGAUGCUUGCCGUUUCGCGACGAGAAUCUCAUGAACAUGUAUCGGAAGAUCUUCAGGGGGGAUUUCGAGUUCCCGCCGUGGUUUUCGUCUGAGACGAGGCGGCUCGUCUCGAGGCUCCUCGUCGUGGAUCCGGAUCGGCGGAUCUCGAUGGCGGAGAUCAUGAGAACGCCGUGGAUCAGAGAAAACUUCACUCCGCCGUUAGAUUUCAAAAUCUACGAAGAAUCGAUCGAGGCGGAAGAGACGGAGACGGUUACGCCGAAGUUUUUCAACGCUUUUGAAUUCAUCUCCUCGAUGUCUUCUGGAUUCGAUCUCUCGAGCUUGUUUCAGAGCAAGAGGAAGAUUCAAUCGGUAUUCACGUCGCGAUCUUCGGCGACGGAGAUAGUGGAGAAGAUCGAGACGGUUACGAAGGAGAUGGAGAUGAAUGUGAAGACGACGAAGGAUUUUAGAGUGAUGAUUGAGGGGAGAACGGAAGGGAGGAAAGGAAGGCUGUCGAUGACGGCGGAAGUGUUCGAAGUGGCGCCGGAGAUGUCAGUUGUGGAGUUUUGCAAAUCGGCGGGAGAUACUUUGGAGUACAAUAGGUUUUACGAAGAGGAAGUUAGGCCUGCGUUGAACGACAUCGUUUGGUCGUGGCAUGGUGAUAAUUGCGCGGUUAAUCAGAAACCCGAUGGUGAUGUCACGGUUUAACAACAAUAAUAUACUUUGAAUGAUUGAUGAAUCGGGAGUUUUGGUUUAAGUGCUCCGGUUUACCGGUUAAUGUAUUGUAGUAUAAGAACUGUUACAUUGAACCUAAAUAUUGUUUGGUUUAAUAUAAUUU